CGAGCUUGGAAGCUCGCAAAAAACCAGCCCAAGCUCUCCCGGGCAGCUUUCUGCUUUCUCUUCAACUCACCCUCUUCGCAACAUGUCGUUCCUACGGCGUCGCUUCGGCGGCAACGACUCCUCCUCGACGGAGCCUUCCCGCGAUCCAACGCCCGACCCCGACCGAAACCUGCGGGUAGUAACGGCAGAGAAGCUACACACGCUGAAGAAGAAGGGCACGCCCAGCAAGCGGAAGAACCUCUGGAUAUUUGGGCUCGGUGGCGUUUUCGGACUGCUGGUCGCGGCCUUCUUUGCGGGGAGCAAUGACAUGCUUGACUUGAGCGGCUUGGAGGGCAUGAAUCUGGACAGUAUCCUGGAUGCCCUACCCUCGGGGUUUAUGAAGGACGCACAGCAACUGCAGAAGCACGAACGCGAUGCCGUCAACUACGAUUCUUUCGCCGUUGGCCUCCAUGCGCAAUCGCAAGGCAUCCAUGCCAGCCAUCCCGUCAUCAUGAUACCCGGCGUCAUCUCCACCGGCCUCGAGUCGUGGGGCACAGAGCAAGCGUCGCGGCAGUACUUUCGCAAAAGGCUCUGGGGCUCCUGGACCAUGAUGCGAGCGCUGGUGCUCGACAAGGCAGGCUGGAAGAAGCACAUCAUGCUGGACAAGCGCACCGGCCUGGAUCCGCCGGGGAUAAAGUUGAGAGCGGCGCAGGGCUUCGACGCGACCGACUUCUUCAUCACGGGUUACUGGAUAUGGAACAAGAUCUUGGAGAACCUUGCGACGAUUGGAUACGAUCCCACGAAUGCAUUCACGGCCGCGUACGACUGGCGCAUGUCCUACAUGAACUACGAGAAGAGGGAUCAAUACUUCACGAGGCUAAAGGCGCAUAUCGAGAUUGCGGUGCGCGUGUCUAACAAGAAAGUCGUGCUGCUGUCGCACUCGAUGGGCUCGCAGGUGCUAUACUACUUCUUCCACUGGGUAGAAGCCGAGGGCUACGGAAAUGGCGGUUCAGACUGGGUAGACACGUACGUCGACUCCUGGAUCAACAUCAGCGGAUGCAUGCUCGGCGCCAUCAAGGGUAUCCCCGCUGUGCUAUCUGGCGAAAUGAAAGACACCGCUCAGCUCAACGCUUUCGCCGUCUACGGCCUCGAAAAGUUCCUCGCGCGACACGAGCGCGCUGAGCUCUUCCGCGCCAUGCCGGGCAUAUCAUCCAUGCUGCCCAUUGGCGGCAACGCGGUCUGGGGCGACCAAACUUGGGCCCCCGAUGAUCAACUGGGACAGGAGAGCUCGUUCGGCAACCUCCUACGCUUUCGGAAUGGCACCUCGAGCCUCACUUCUAAGAACCUGACGGUUGAAGAAAGCUUGCCGUAUCUAUACCAUAAUAGUGAGACUUGGUACAAGGAGAUGGUGCAGAGCAGCUACUCUCACGGCGUUGCGCAUACGGCGAAAGAAGUCGAAGAUAAUCAGGGUAUUCCGGCAAAGUGGGUAAACCCUCUCGAGACGCGGUUGCCGUUGGCCCGGCAUUUGAAGAUUUACUGCUUCUACGGUGUUGGCAAGCCAACAGAGCGCGCGUACUACUAUAAAGAUGAUACCGAUCCGCUGAGUAAGACGAACGUUACCAUUGAUACAGCCUUCACCAAUGGUAAGAUUGAUCAUGGUGUGAUUAUGGGCGAAGGAGACGGUACCGUGAAUCUACUGAGCUCGGGCUAUAUGUGCGCCAAAGGCUGGAAGAUCAGGAGGUAUAAUCCCGCUGGUGUACAGAUCAAAACCGUAGAAAUGCCAGAUGAGCCGGAUAGAUUCAGUCCUCGCGGUGGGCCGAACACAGGCGACCACGUCGACAUCCUAGGUCGCUCAUCUCUCAACGACCUCAUCCUGCGCGUUGCGGGCGGAAGAGGCGAGCUUAUCGAAGAGUCCAUCCACAGCAACAUCCGCGAAUACGCCGAGAAGGUGAAGAUCUAUGACGAGUCAAAACAAGGGCAAGCGAAGCGCGUGCCCCCAUAAUGUAUGAUGGGCGAGUAAUUAUAAUGAUAAUGAGGCGAGCGCGGCUUUUUUUUUUAGACCGGACCUGGGCGGCUUAAUUGAAGGGGACGCACGAUACCAAUAGAGCAAUGUUUGAUGCGUUUAGGCGCGGUACUGGAAGAGCGUUUUCGACCUAGGGCGGGGAUGUGCGCCCGUUAUCACAGUGAGUGAUGGUAUGCAUCAGCAUCUGCAUAUGCUCGCCAUCCACUCCCAGCAAUCACAUAGCAAGAUCAUUCGAGACGGUACGA